AUGUACUUUCGUCCACUUCGACUUUUCAAAUUCAUCAUCACUUUCAUUUCCAUUAUCAUACUCAUCUAUGAGCUUCGCCGACUACUACAUUCACCGUCACUCACACCCUCAUCCGAAGAUCAACACACUCAACAAAUUCCUCAACAGCCCAUUCCAACAGCAGAUAUCCAACAUGUGUCACACACGCUCCCACCAUUCUACAUUUCCCUGCCUCACUUCUCGGAUGACGAAGCAAAGAUCUGGUUCUACAACUCAUCCUACUACAAGUUCCACUCUAAACUGUGUGCUGAUNAGCUCCGCCGACUACUACAUUCACCAUCACUCACACCCUCAUCCGAAGAUCAACACACUCAACAAAUUCCUCAACAGCCCAUUCCAACAGCAGAUAUCCAACAUGUGUCACACACGCUCCCACCAUUCUACAUUUCCCUGCCUCACUUCUCGGAUGACGAAGCAAAGAUCUGGUUCUACAACUCAUCCUACUACAAGUUCCACUCUAAACUGUGUGCUGAUGGAACUUGUGAAAGUCGAGGAGUGCUGUUCAACAACACCAAAGAACAUCUCUCUGUCAACACGUUCCUCGUUCCCAACGGUCUCUAUCUCAACGAUGAAUGUGGUUAUAACUACGGUGACGCUGCGCUGAAACGAACAUUCCACAGCACAGACGAAACGACUGUGAUCUAUGACAAGGCUAUCAUCUUCACUGUUCCUGAUGGAUGGAGUUUCCAGCAUUUUCUUGAUGGCGUGGGACCCAAACUAGCUCACUCUCACUCCUAUCUACAACAAUAUCCCGAUGCUAAAGUGCUUAUUCUCAAAGGUGCUCGAUUCGAUCGAUCCGUCCAAGAGAUCUGGUCCAUGCUAGGGGUGGAGAACGAACAGAGGAUUGUUCAUUAUUCUUCGAACAUGAAAGUUGGUGCUCGUCUUCUCAUCAAUCCAUGUCGAACACCUGGUAUUCAUCCUCGUCUCUGGCAAGAUGCUCGUCUCAUGUACUGGUCGAUCUCGGGACUUCUCAAAACGAACUCAUCAGCUCCGUCCGAAAGAAAGAACUUCAUCUACAUCCAGCGAACAUCUACGAAUGCGAUGAACAGCGGUCGUCUGAUAGUCAACGAACAGGCGUUCGUGGAAGUACUUCGUGCAUACUGCGCCAAGCAUUCUCUCAACUAUGUUCAGUACGAUCACUCGAAAGACACCGGUCACAUUCGAUCUCGGAUCGAGCUGUUCUAUAAUGCGCGAGUGAUCAUUGGUGUUCACAGCGGUGCACUGUCGAACAUGAACUUUGCCCAAUCGGGCACGACGGUGAUCGAAGUGAUGCCAUAUCGAUCGGGUUCGAGUUCGCUGCCGAUGACGUGUUCAAUGUUUCGUGUGGAAGAUAUGAAGGCAUGUGCUGGCUAUAUUUUGUAUACUCAAGCACAGUUGUUGAAUCAAUCAUACUGGAUGUUGCCAUUUGUUGUUAAUGGCGAGAGUAAUCUGAAUGUUGAUCUGAAUCGUGUUCAAAAACUGUUGGAUCAGAUCUGA